ACUUCCGGCCAAAUUACACAUUGCUGGUCUGUUUUGCACUCAUGGAUUUAUGCUGUUAAAAAGAAAUCCAGGACGUAUAUUCGCUGAAAAUGUAACAUAUAAAUUGAAAGAGGUCAUGGCAACACGUCCAAAAGCUGUUUUGGUGUUUAGCGGGAAACGAAAGUCAGGAAAAGACUUCAUUACCGAACGCUUAAUGGAGAGAUUUGGAGCAGAAAUAUGUGGAAUUAUCAGACUCUCAGGCCCUCUCAAGCAGCAAUAUGCACUUGAAAAAAGCUUGGAUUUUGCGCGUUUACUAGAUUCUACAAGUUACAAAGAGCAAUUUCGAGCAGACAUGAUUCGCUGGGGUGAAGAUAAACGGAACCAGGACCCAGGAUUUUUCUGUCAGGUGGCAACUUCAGGGGAUGAGGCAAAAAAGUCAGUGUGGAUCAUCAGCGAUGCCAGGAGGAAGACUGACAUUGAGUACUUCAAAAGCAAUUUCCCAGACAUUACCAAAACAAUACGAGUGGUGACUUCAGAUAGCACAAGGCAAAGUAGAGGAUUUGUGUUUACUCCAGGAGUGGAUGAUGCUGAAUCGGAAUGUGGACUAGAUAAUGUCGACUUUGAUAUGGAAAUAAUAAACAAUGGAGAUGAUGCAGUUCUGGAGAAAAGUUUACAAGAUAUUGAGCAUUUACUAGUCAGUGUAAAAAUUCUGCAAGGUGAACGCUGAGUGAAGUGUGAAAACCUCCCAGACAGAUUUAAAACUACAUGUGUUCACAUUUCAAUAUCUGAAAUAUACUUUUCCUUGGGUGCUUAAUCCAGACUGGCUUUCCUUCAAAGAAUGGUAUGGUAACUUAUGACACAUCGAGUCAUCAACAAUUAUCUUCUGCCUUCUUACCAAUGAGAUAUGAAACAAUAGUACAAUCCUUAUUUGUUUGUACUGGUGUUCCAAACACACAAUUAGCCUGUUUAGAGAAUGAUUGGAAUAUUCCUUUUUUUGUUGUUGAAAAUAUUCAAGGGCCAUAACUCUACCUCCAUAAUUCAUCUUGGGAGAUGUGUGCAGUAAGGAUGUACUCUUCUGAGGUUUCAAUCACGUUCAAGUCUCGUUUUGAUCUGGUGUAACGGGUUUUUGUUAUGUUUAACAAAUUAUGAUCAAGUUUAUUAGCAAACACGCAUCUGAAAAGUAUGUCAAAAUACCAGAUGCCUGUUGUUCGUAGAACUUUUUUUACAAGAAGCACUAAUAAGGAUGGUUUGUAUACUGUUACUAAUAUGGGAGGUACUUCUACUUCUAGAUGGUACUGACCAACUUCAACAAUUUUAAGAUAAAUUGUCAGACGAGGAGUGAAACAUGGAAAGAGUUUGUUUUUAAAAGAUACGAGAUGGUCUAAUUUGCCUUUGAAAGGUGACGGCAGAGGGCUGAUUUGAAUAAUUCCGUUGUGGGGCUCGAAAUAAUGUCAGGUGGGAGUUUAUUCCACUCCGGUAUAGUUCGAGGGAAGAAUACCUUUCUGGUCUGUAUUUUUUGAGUGGGGAAUUUGAUACGAAAACUGGUGGUUUAUUGGGGAUUUUCUAACUGUAGGGAUUAAU